GUGUGGUUCAGUGCUCUGGGAAGUGUCUGGACAGAGAAUCAGAGCUGGACAAGGCAGCCUUGAUCUGAGUGAGCUAACUGGCGCCAUGAAAAUAUCAGGUGUCUCUCUGCUCCUCUCUCUGGCUCUUUUCUGCUUUCUCUCAGGUGUCUUCAGUCAAGGAGGACAGGACAAAAGAGGCUGGAUCACAAGAUCAGAGGGCCAAUUGCCAAGAAAAGGUAUCUUAAGGAGGUGUCUCUUUCAUGUUGACUGCAGCAAGUUCCAGGACCCUAACGUGUUCUGCACUCGAGAAUCGAAUCCCCACUGUGGCUCUGAUGGCCAGACAUAUGGCAACAGAUGUGCCUUCUGUAAGGCGGUGGUGAAAAGCGGUGGGAAGAUCAGCCUAAAGCAUUAUGGAAAAUGCUGAAUUAGAGCCCGUGUUUUGUGCUGACUUGCCAUGUCUCUCAUCCUUCUUUUCUUGUUUCUGCUUUUACUUUUCUCUUGCAGAUCUCUUAAAUUUAUAAAGACAUCUUCUACUCUGGGUCUUGGGCAGUUCACUAUAUAUUUCCCUUGAUUCAUUUGU